AGGUUGCUUAGCCUGGAUAGCCAGCGCACUGUUGCUGUUGAUAAUUGCAGCACCGCUACAGCAGGGAGUUUGACAACAGCUGGACUACCGAGUGAGCAUGCGGACAUGUGACUGCAUGUAGGAAAACCUCAAGAUGGACAAGGAGAGCAAACUGUCAUUUGCUCAGUCUUUUGACCCUAAGCAACAGAGGAGACGAAGGAAGGAGCCUGCUGAGCCACACACAACCUCAUCACCAUCUCUGAUAUUACCAAAUCCUUAUGUGUCCGACCAGAGUUUAAGAGGGAACCGGUCAGGUGGGAGCCCAAAGCAGAAUCCAUCAAAUGCAAAUGGAGUGCCUGCAGGAAAAGGAGGAGAUGUGUCAAGGAGUCAUGGCUACAGCAGCAGCCGCCGUGUUAGAGACACCAAUGAUGAUUUCCUGAAGAGAGACAGGUCCAUAAGGGAUCCACAAGCAAAGACAUCAAGGGGUAACAAUGAUUCUCCUGCUCAAGGCAGAAUUGUGGCCAAGAACUCCCUGGAUGCACAGAAAAAAGGUUUUAGAGGUGCCCGAUCUGCCCCAAACUCUUCAGGGAAGUCAAAACCAGCACAGCCAGACUUGAUCCCAUUUGAAGUGAAGAUGAUCGAUUUCCCAGAGUUAGCUGGUGUUUCAGCAGGGCCUCCUCCUGUUCAGAGGGAGAGCUGGGGUCCAUCUCCUUCAUCCAAGAGCCUUUUAACGCAAACUCCUGCAUUUUCCUGGAAGUCUGGCAGGAGAGGAUCCCCAACUGGGUCUGACCCCCAACAGUUUUCCACUAAUUCUAAGCCAGAAUCCUCUGCUGCUUUAUCAGGUCAGACAGUGGUGACUUCCUGGGCUAAUGUCGCCUCUCACCCUCCAAAGAAACCUGUCCCUAAAGAGGAGACGGUCGACAGCAACCAUAUGCAGAUGGAGGAAAUUGCUUCACAGCAGGAAGAGGGGGCACCAGGGAAGAAGAAACGGAAGAAAAAGAAGAAGAAGGCUAAAGGUGCUGGUGAAGAUGCAGAAGCUGAGUCACAAGAACCAGCAAAUUACCAGGAGCCUCCAAAAUUUGAAGAUGAAGAGGAGUUUCCUGGCUUGACUCUUGCUUUGACUGGGACUAACAGAUUGAUAACAAGCAGCAAUGCAGCAAAACUAUGCAAUGAGGAAAACCAAAGAGAAGGUGUUCAGCAUCAGUCUGCUGAUCAAAUCAAGGAAAAAUCACCUGCAGCAAAAUCUCAGCCCACAGAGACCACUAAAAAAGGACAGAAAGCUGAAAAGGUGUCAGGGAAGAAGAGCAAAGUUCCCGUUCAGCUGGACAUUGGAAACAUGUUGGCCGCCCUGGAAAAGAAACAGUCUCAAAAAGCCAAGCAGGACGCCAAGCCAGUCAUUCUCUCAGUCGGUGGAGGACUGCCUGUUGUCCAGAAACAGCCAUUAGUCCAGAAGAAGCCGCCCUGGCAGCAGGAUAAAAUUGCCCACAAUCCCCUGGACUCUACCAGCCCUUUGGUGAAAAAGGGCAAGCAGAGAGAGGUGCCCAAAGCCAAGAAACCCACCCCUCUCAAGAAGGUCAUUUUGAAAGAAAGGGAGGAGAGGAAACAAAGACGUUUGCUGGAGGAGAGAGGGCUGAUGCCUGAAAAUGAGUUCCAACCUGCUAAUGAUGCUGCAGAAGAAGAGCAGUGGGACACAAAUGCCGCAGAUGAGGUUGGGAGUCCUACAGAGGAACUUGACGGUCAGUCAGAGUUAAAUGGCACAAACCAGGUGGCGAAAGAGGAUGAAGAAGAGACGGACAAAGGCGAGACAGUAGAGCAACCAACCACCUCACCUGUACCCUUCCCAGCAAGUCAACCCAAAAUCCACAGCAGAAAGUUCAGAGACUAUUGUAGCCAGAUGCUGAGCAAAGACGUGGAUGAGUGUGUGACGGUUCUGCUCAAGGAGCUGGUUCGUUUCCAGGACCGCCUGUACCAGAAGGACCCCAUGAAGGCCCGCAUGAAGAGACGGAUUGUGAUGGGGCUCAGAGAGGUCCUGAAGCACCUCAAACUCAGGAAGGUCAAGUGUGUCGUCAUCUCACCCAACUGUGAACGCAUCCAGUCCAAAGGAGGCCUGGAUGAGGCUCUUUACACCAUAAUCGACACCUGUCGUGAACAGGGGGUGCCAUACGUGUUUGCCCUCUCCAGGAAGGCUUUGGGUCGCUGCGUCAACAAGGCAGUACCUGUCAGCCUGGUGGGCAUCUUCAACUAUGAUGGUGCACAGGACUUUUAUCAUAAGAUGAUAGAGUUGUCACAUGAGGCCAGGAGAGCCUAUGAGGUGAUGGUGUCGAGCCUGGAGCAGACAGGCCAGGCUGAGGAGGAGCAGGCGGUGAACGCAGAGGAAGAGCUGCAGAUCAGCAGCCUGACUGAAGAGGCUGAGCCCAGUCCUGAUGCCACACAGCCAGAGGAACCAGAAUAUAUAAAAAUCUGGAAGAAAAUGUUGGAGAAGGACUGCAACCACAAAUUCUUGAACUUUGAGGAGCAGAUGAGCUCCAUGCGCUUGGAAAGUGAAUGUACUGAAAACACUGAUGAAGAUGAGAAGAGUUGACAGUGGCAAAGCCUUCCGUGCCUAUAACACCAACCCACUUUUGCUGAUCACCAGCUUAGAAGAAACUAUGAUGGACUGAAUCUCCACGUACAGGAAAUGCAAGGUGCCCCGCUGCUGUGGUUCUCAACCUGAAAUGAAUUGUGUUGCUAAUAUUUUCAAUGAAUCAUGAAUUCCUUUCCAUUGUUUUUGUGUUGGUGAGAAGUGGGCAAAGGUGUGUAUUUUAAGUGUGUGGGCAGUAAACUGGAGAGGUUCACCACGUACUGGGACCAGACCAGUCACUUGAAGAGCUCCCACAAUAUGAAUUUUCAACCAUGUUGUCUGUGAACAUGCCUAGAGGAUGUGCAGGGGUCUAGGUAUUGAAUGUGUGUUUAAUCAAUCAAGCAGUUAUACAGUAAUGAGAAAUUAUCAGCAAUGUUUUGACACUCUGUAUUGACUUGGAGCCGCUGCGGUGUGUUUCAUUUUUCUCUUCUCGGUCACGUUCAGUUCAAUGUAUUUUUCUAAUAUACAUUAGAAAAAUACAUAUACACUGAGUUUUUGCCUUUAUUUGACAGUGACAUUAGAGAGCUGACAGGAAACUAAUGGAGACAAAGGAUGGAGGACUUGCAACGAAGGUCCCCAGCCAAAAUCAAACCGUGGGCAUUGCAGUUACAUGGUCAGUGUCUUAUAUGGGCUCAAAUAAAGGCCAGUAAGAUUUUACCCAUGUCUGAUAAUGGUUUUAUAUCAUCCUAUAAAUCUGCUUCGGGAAAAAACUCUGCUUGAGAAAUUGAAGUGUCGGAAUGUCAAAAAUCUCUUAAGAUCACCAACUGUGUAUAGUUAGUACAGUUCCACAUCCACCUAAAUUUAGAUGCUCUCACAGGUUUUCGAAGGAUGACACAUCAGGAGACUUUUGAAUUGUUACUGAACAUAAUUUCACAUGCUCAGCAUCUUAUUGACCCUUAUUUGAGCCCACAGUCUCAAACUCCUAGGCCACCAUAACACACCUAGGUUCAGUUUAGAGUGAAAGCAUAAGAUAUGCUCUUUCUUUGCAUAAGAAAAGUCAGAAGUUUGUAUUGUUUCUUUUUUUAUCCUAAUUGCACUACAUCUAGAAUCUAUGUAUUUAUUUUUCAGAGACUACCUGAUUUUUCAGAGACUGCUUGUAAGUACUGCCUGUGAUUAGGUGUAAAUGGUGGCAUUUGAUUUUCUUGUAAGAGGAAAAACAGCUAAAUAAUGUUGUGAGAUAUUAGCUGUUGACUUGGUUAAAAAGUUGUUUAGUUUUCUGUUUACCUACAUAGUAACAAAAAAAGAAACUAUUAAAUGUCAUAAUGGUAAAACAGGACAAAUUACACUAAUCUGAAGUGACAGUCACACUCUGAAGGACACAACAAAUGACAAUUUGAUUUGAAAUUAAAAAAUGAAUUAACAGAAUUAGGAUUUCAGAGGACUGAGAUGAAUAUUGUAAAGGAGAUAAGAGUUAUCAUUAUGACCUAUGACUAUGUAAAAAAAAAAUUAGGUUGUCAGUGAAUCUUAUUGUUAUUGGAAGCUGGUAUGUGAUUGAGUUGACACAACCUGAUAGCAUGCUGAAGUCUUGCUGAAUUAUGUCUUGGUAUAUUUCUACAGGGAGGGGGGUUGUUAGGAAGUUGAUAAUGUGCAGUUUUGUGGCAUGUUGGCAUGUUGAACAGGAAAAGCACAAGGUAUAACUAACAGUAGUAAUUAUGGCUGCUCUUCAUUUAGUAAUGUCAGUUCCAGAACUUGGAUAAAUCAAUAGUGCUAUUGGUAACACUUGUGCUUUUCCUCCUUAGUCAAAAUGUCGUCCGUGGAAAGAAGUCUGUACACAGUCUUAAGCUGCGUAUGAAUCUUACAGCAAAAGUCAGACAUUUUAGGAAAUACGCUCAUUUGCUUUCUGGUGGCAAGUUAGAUGAGAAGAUGUCAUCUCAUAUCAGUCUGUUAAAUAUAAGGCUACAGCCAACAGCUGCUGCUUUGUGCUAUGCUAAGCUAACCAGCUGCUGGCCGUAGCCUCACUUUUACUAUACAGAAAUGUUAUCUGUAUGAUUUUUCUCAUCUAGUUCUCCACCAGAAAAUGAAGUGUGAAAAAGUGUAUUUCUCAAAAUGUCACACUAAUCCUUUAAACGCUCUACUAUAAAGUGUUUCAGUAAAUUCUGUGGUAGUAAGAGACCAAACUGUGAAACCAUAGGAAUUUAGAAAUGGAUGAAAGGCCUAAUGUUGUUGUAAAGAUAUAUUUUUUUGAUUCAGCUUUUAUAAAUCGUUGAAUAUCAGCUGUGUAUGUGGGAUGGAGUAUAGACAAAUUUCCUAGAGAAUGGAGGUAUAAACAAUAAAUUAUUUUUUUAAUACAUUAAUACAGAGAUGCUUCAGUUGUUGCAUGUUAAAAGGAAAUUAGAAUCAGAGGAGUUGAUUAAUUUCCUUUUUCAAGCAAAGUAUCAAAGUAUCAAGUGUUAUUUACACAAAGAGGACAAGUUGUAGUAGUCUUAAAGUGAGUGGGUCAUUAAUAUACAAGAGGAAGAAUAGGGGACCAAGUACGCUUUCCUGAGGCAUCCCAAAAUCACACAGUCUUCAAAACUACAAAUCUAAAAUCUAACCACCUGGGAUCUGUUUAGAUAAAUAUAAAGAAAAAGGAAUUGUUAUUUUUAAUACUAAACAUAUGUCAUUGCAUAUUAGAUUGUUGUUUACUUAAACAUUUUAUUUGUUUGAAAUAAAAGAAGAAACAUAUUCCAUGAAAUAACUGUGAACACCAUAUUUCACAAAAUAAACCAAAGCCAAAAAAAAUGUAUGUUUACUCUUCAAGCUUCUGUCAAGCUGAUGCAGCAACAAUCAUCAGUUUAAACUGCACUAUGCAAAUACCAUUCAAGAGCAGUCACAGUGCUUAAAAUGUACAACACGCAUUGUAGAAAUGCUGUCUACUUCCUUCGUUUCUAUGAAACAAAAAUAAAACUAAAUCAUUAGAAAUCACCUGUGUUAACACAUUUGAAUUAUCUUCCUGCCCUCCUACCCUCCAUCUCAUUCCUAAACGAUGUCCGGUCCCAAGGUAAAACUGGAAUAUAAUUUGCUAACAUCUUCAAGCUCCUUCAAAAAUCCUGUGUAACAUUUGAAAUGAAACUGGAUGUGUCAAAUGAGUUACAGGAACAGGCGUUCUCCGAAAAUGAGCUGCAUUUUUAAAUAAACAGUGUCUUGUAAAAUAAACUGUUUAGUUGAUUAGACUCCGAACAUGUU